AUGGCAUCUCUACUGGACAACAUAGCCAGACCUUCUGCUGUUGUUCUGCAGCUGUCUGUGGUGCUUGGCGUAAUCUUUGUGCUGCUAAAGGUGGUUCAGUUCUACCGGGAGAGGAGGAAACUCGUCAAAGCUCUGGAGGCAUUCCCUGGUCCCCCGAAACAUUGGCUCUAUGGCCACAAUCACAUGAUAUAUACUGAAAAACGUUUACAUCAGAUAGUGUCAUGGGGAGAAGAAUACCCUUAUGCCUUUCCCAGAUGGUUUGGACCAGUCCUGCCUUCUCUAGAAAUACACCAUCCUGAAUAUGCUAAAAGCAUACUUGGCCGUACAGAUCCCAAGGCCAAGGUACCCUAUGAACUCGUAGUUCCCUGGAUUGGGAAGGGGCUGUUGACCUCGGAUGGAGCCAAAUGGUUCCAGCAUCGGAAGAUGCUCACCCCAGCCUUUCACUAUGAUGUGCUGAAACCUUAUGUGACGCUGAUGUCAGACUCAGUCAAAGUGAUGCUGGAUAAAUGGGACAAGAAGAGCAUAGAGAGGAAGUCAGUGGAACUCUUUCAGGACAUCAGCUUGAUGACACUAGACAGCCUCAUGAAAUGUGCCUUUAGUUUUGAUUCCAACUGUCAGACUCAGAGCGAAACACACUAUUAUAUUAAAGCUAUUUAUGACCUGACCUACCUCCUGACCGAUAGAGUGCAGAACUUUUCCUUCAAGGAUGUCUUCUACAACUUUACUCGCAAAGGCCGUGAGUUCCAGAAAGCCUGCAAGCUGUCCCAUACCCACACAGAUCAGGUAAUAAAAGACAGAAAGUUGUUGCUGUCCAAUGAGAAGGAACUUGACAAGAUCCAGAAGAAGAGGCACCUGGAUUUUCUCGACAUUCUUCUUUGUAGCAAGGAUGCAAAUGGAGUUGGACUAUCUGAUGAGGACCUGCGUGCUGAAGUGGACACAUUCAUGUUUGAGGGUCAUGAUACCACAGCCAGUGGGAUCUCCUGGCUCUUCUACUGCAUGUCAUUACAUCCACAUUACCAGCAACGGUGCAGGGAGGAGAUCCAGGGGAUCUUGGGAGACCGAGAUACCGUUGAGUGGGAGGACCUUGGGAAGAUGACCUACACCACAAUGUGCAUCAAAGAGAGCUUGCGCCUGUUCCCGCCAGUUCCUGCUGUGUCCCGACAGCUCUCUAAACCCAUCACAUUUCCUGAUGGACGCAGCUUGCCAGCAGGCUGCAAGAUUGGACUGAACAUAUUUGGUAUUCACAGGAACCGGGAUGUGUGGGAGGACCCCGAGAUAUAUGAUCCCUCGAGGUUUUCUCCAGAGAACACAGCACAGAGGCACUCCCAUGCUUUCCUGCCUUUCUCUGCUGGAUCCAGGAACUGCAUUGGGCAGCAGUUCGCCAUGAACGAGAUAAAAGUGGCGCUGGCCCUGACCUUGCUCCGCUUUGAGCUCUGCCCAGACCCAUCUAGGCUUCCCAUAAUGAUACCACAGGUCACACUCCGGUCCAGCAAUGGGAUCCACCUGCAUUUGAAGAAGAUUCGCUGA